GCGCCUGUAUCGGAAGCGAAGCGGAGUUGUAGGCCAGUUUCAGCGAUAAUAGCAGCCACUUGUCGGCUAGCUGAUGCCGUGGCAAGUUCAAUUCUGUAUUCCAUGAGACAAUACCAUUCUCAAAAAUACUAUAGACAUUAACAUUCUACAUUACAAAAUUUACAAAUCUUUACAAAUCAUCCAGUUGUUUAUAGUUAUGUCAAUCCAAAGCAGUUAUCUACUUUCAAAUUAAACGCUACACGUUUGUACAUAUUUACGCUAGUGUACAUUACAAAAUGUUUCUGAUAUAUUUCAAAUGAUUUCAAAAUUCUACUAAGAUAAACAAUGGACAUGACAGUAAAGGAUAUAAGUGGAGGAACCAGAUGGGUCUGUCCAAACGAUAGACAUUUGUCAUUGAGAGCAAAGUUGCAAACAGGUUGGUCUGUAAAGACUGGCUCUCUAGAUUCAAAAUGGGGUACUUACUCUAAUUCUUACUCAAGUGGCACUAAUCGAUGUGCACAAUCAUUUGUACUUACUGAGGAGGAACAACAGACAAUUAUACAGGUCAUUCAGAGAGCAGAAGCUUUAAAUUUAUCAGAACAGGAAAGAAUUGGUAGAUUAGUAGAAAGAUUGGAGAAUAUGAAACGCAAUGUCUGUAUAGUCACUACAACAAGAUUAAACGAAAGGAGAAGAUGUAGUAGCAGAUGCUUGAACAGUGCACACUGUGUGUGUUCUUGCGCACUUUGUGGUGAAAAAUUUGGUGCAGUAUUAGGUGCAUCAGCAAAUCUCUGUAAAGAUUGUCGAAAAUACAUAUGUCAGAAAUGUGGUAUUGAGACUAAUGAAUUAAAUUCAAUACUUACGAAUGUCUCCACAACAAGAGAAAGAACACAAGAAAGAACAGCUAUGCAACGAAUUGUUAGUAGAUCUAGUAGUGGUCAGAGGCAAUUUCUUUGUCGAAUCUGCGCUGAGAGUAGAGAAAUGUGGAAGAAAAGUGGCGCUUGGUUUCUCAAAGGAAUGCCAAAAUAUAUUUUACCCGAGAAAAAGGAACGUGGAUGGUCAAGAUCUAUUCACAAGACAUCCACUUGGACAAUUGGAGGUAAUAAAUCCCUUGAAUCUGCAGAGCCUCAAGAUUCUUCUUCUGAUGAAGAAGUAACACGACGCCUAGCUUUAGCUCGAGGGCAGUCUGAUUCACUGUCAAGCUUACAAAGAAAUCAAGAUAGUAUUACUACCAAAACUUAUUCAUCAUCAUCAAAUUCUGCUCAACCAACUAGUAGUACAUCUAAAUCGCGAGGGCAACGCCUCUCACCAUUAAAUAGCCGUGAGGAAUGUUUAGAUCAGUUAGACAGAUCUACCCUUUCUAUUACUUCUCAAUGUAGUCGUCUUUCACCAUCUCCUACAAGCCCUCGUUCACGAAUAUCUCUAAAAGCUAGCAGCAAUGAUUCUCAAACCGAACAGCAUGUUUCGUUUGAAGAUGAAAUUAUCGAUGACAAGAACAAAAAGCUCGAGGAUAUUAAUGAAGCUACUUGUAAAUUAGAGAUCAAUUUAUGUGAUCAACCAAAAAGCUCUCAGAUACUAUCUUUCAGAUCGAAUUUUACAACAGUUCCAAUGAUACCAACAACGACAAUGACAAUUGUGUCAAUGGAACAAGUUCCAGAACAGUCUCAGGUCUAUGAGAAAUGUAUAGAUCAGGAAAGAAACCAAUCUUCCUCAGAACAAGGGAAUCUUCAUAGCAACAAUCAAAUUGAUUUAGUACGACAACAAACACCAGAAUAUGAAACGAGACAAAAUUAUGGAACUCUAGAAGUCACUUUGCGAUACGACCCAACAACUCAAUGUCUCCAGUGCAAAGUGGAACGAGCACGAGGUCUGCAACCAAUGGAUAUUCAUGGCCUUGCCGAUCCGUUCUGCAAACUCAACAUAUUACCAGUUGACAUAGUUGCGACCACGAAGCGACUUCGAACAAAAACGGUCCACAAAACACGGGAUCCGGAAUUCAAUGAGACUCUAAAUUUCUAUGGAACAACGGAAACCGAUAUAUGGAAUGGCAAGGCACUACACAUCUUAAUACUUCAGGAUGAUCCAGCAGGUCAAGAUUUCCUGGGAGAAGCAAAAUUUCCUCUGCAUGAAUUACAACCGCAUCAAACAAAACAUUACAAUGUUCCAUUACAAGAUCACUAUGCAGUGGACAACGAAGAAGCAGCUUGGGGCGUGAUUUCCAGUGGACGAGGACAGAUUCAAGUGAGUCUAAGUUACUGUACAAGACGGCGAGCAUUGACGGUCACAAUUCAUCGAGCUACAAAUCUUCUUCCUAUGGACAGUAACGGAUUUUCUGAUCCAUUCGUCAAGCUGUGCCUUAUAGAGAACGUGACAAACAAUCAUCGACAACGUGUCUUCGACUAUUCAAUCGCACGUAUUACUGCUAAAAAGCUAGUAUCAAAGAAAACCACAAAUCGCAAUGCGCAAAGUACAACAAUCAAAUGGAAAACUUUAAAUCCAGAGUGGAACGAAGAAUUUACUUUUGCUACUCGAUUAACAGAUCUUAUGAAAUUCACAUUAUAUCUCACAGUAUGGGAUAAGGAUUUUGGCAAAAGUAAUGACUACCUUGGUGGACUUGAACUAAGUUGUAAUAGCAAAGGAGCACGAUUACGACAUUGGAUAGACGUAAUCAAAUUCCCAGACCACCGUCAUCGAGCUUGGCAUAACUUAAUUGAUACUAUUUUGCCUAUAGAAUGAUAAUUUAUAUUUUUACUCUUGUUAUUGUGUUAUUCAACAUGUUUUAAUAAGAUCUAUAUAUUCGGUAUGCAUAAUAAUCUACAAAAUAUAAUUUAUUUACAUGCGAUUCAUACAAUUGCUCAAAAUGUACUAUUCUACAAAAAAAAUGACAGAAAAAUAAAGACAUUAUAUUACAUAUAGGAAAC